AUGUCCUCAUCCAGGGAGGAUGGUUUAUCCCCAGAAGAGCUGAGAAAAAGACUGUAUCAGACUUUUAAAAGCAAAGGAGUGCUCGAUGCUCUCAAAGCACAGCUGCGAAAUCAACUCGUCCAGGAGUUAAAAUAUGUACCAUGGACAGGACAAGAUCCAGUACCCAGACCGGUCGCAGUGAAAACGAAGCCCGUUUUACUUUCAGCUUGUAACAGCAUAGUGGCAGAUCAUCUCCUCACAUGCGGAUAUGAAUACACUCUUUCUGUAUUCUACCCUGAAAGUGGCCUAAGUAAGGAUCAGGUUUUAAAGAAGGAAGACCUUUUUCAGCUUCUUAAAAUAAAUCCAGCCCUUUCCUCAUUCACGGUAAAUAAAUAUAAUGAUAAAGGGUUUCUACUCAGCCUUUUAACGCAGCUGACCAGCAGUUAUCCUCACAGUCUCUAUCAUGAUGUGGAAACUCAAACAGACAGCUCAUCAAGUUAUGGAGAGUCUCUUGUCGAGAAGAUGAAAAUGAUCGAUAAGGAGUAUCAGGGCCUUAGUUCGAGUGAGGACAAAGUGUUUUAUUUCCAGUCCAAACUGGCAGCAUAUAGAAAAGAAGCUGAAGCACAGAUGGAAGCAGAAAUGAACGCAAAGCUGCAGCAUUUUAAAGAAGUUGAAAUCGCUAAGGUGAGGAUGGAAGAAAAGGCAAAGUUUCAUACGGAGUUUGAUACGUUGAAACAAGAACUGGAGAGGACUUAUGAAAUGAAAGCGAAGGCACUGAUGGCGCGGGAGAAAAAUUCUAUUGAUAGAAUGCAAAAACAGCAAGAGAUUGAAGAAAAAAACAUCUACAUGCAGAGACAGUCAGUGCUGAAAGAAAUUGAGUCCCUGCGUAACAGAGAGAAAGAGCUGAGGUUGAGAAUGGAGGCUUUUGAACAAACCUGUCAAAUCCAGGCAGAGAAGGUCAAGUCGUCUGAAGAGCUGCUGAGGAGGAGAGAAUUGGCUGUGAAGACUUUGGAGGACACUUAUGACCAGAACCUGAAGAAUGAACUUUCUAGGUACCAGUUUGAGCUAAAGGAGGAAUUUAUGAAAAGAACAGAGAAACUCACUGAGAGUGAGAACAGAAACCAAGUGGAAACUGCUCGAAUCCAAAAGGAGUCGGCUGUAAUUACGGCCAGAUUAGACGAGCACAACAGAGCAUGUUCUGAGCUGAAACGGCUGCAGGAUGAACUAAAAACAGCACAGCAACAGAUUUCCCUGCUGACUCAACAGAAGGAGCUGCUAAAGGAAAGACUUGACAGCACAGAUGACUAUCUUAGUUUAAAGAGAGACAAGGUGGAGCUGCAGGGACAGCUGCAGCUGCUGAAGAAACAGCUGGACGAAGCCCAAGAGGAGAACCGGCUGCUCCGUGCAGAGUUGGUCAGACCGUCCAAAGAACAGCUGGUCUUGCAGUCAGAGCUUCAGAGGCUGCAGAGUGCUCGCCGAGUGGACGAGGAAGACUUUAACAGCCAGAAACAGGUGCUGCAGACGCAGCUCCACACUGAGGUGGAGCGAUGUGCCCAGUUCAAAGCUCAGCUGUUACAGUGUGAGGAGAGGUCCCAGUGGUUGACUAAACUUGUUGAGGACAUGAAGAUGCAGCUUCGCCAAACUCAACAAGCUCUUGAAAACGAAGUGCUGCGUAACCCCAAGCCCUCUCUUGUUGAUCGCUCUGUGCUGGAGCUCAGCGCCGACAAGCUGUUUCCUCCAGACGUCUACGUGGACAGAGCUCUGCUGAGAGGCAGGGUGGAUUAUGAUGGUGGUUGUGAAGCAGGUGAACCCUCGAGAGGACACGUGUCACUUUGGAGCGAUCCUCCUGACUCUGACAUGGAGCUCGUGGCAGAAGCCAAGGCUCGGAUCCAGGAGCUGCAGGAGGAGGCAGAAGUCUUGGAGGAAGCUUAUCGGAGCUACCAGCAGAGGGCAGUGCACUCCAGCAUCUCACACAUGCUUCCCCCAAAACCCCAUUCCCCACAACAAGCAUAUUUCUCCCAUUCCCCCUGCUUCCCUCCUAGAAAACAAGACUCUCAGCAGUCAUACAUCCAUUUAACACACAAACACAAGACUUUACUCAAACCACGUUCUCCUCAACGUGUUAAAUCCCCCACCUUGGUUUCCCACGAUUCCCAAAUCGCCCUCCUGUCUGCACAACGAGGAGUUCCUGUUUCAGAGGACCACAACCAGCCCCAGAUGACAGUUCUUACUGAUUAUGGUCAUCAUUCGCCGGCUGAAUCUUUCCCACCAAGAGAUGAAAAAACUCAGAGUGAAAGUUCUGGUUCAUCUAAACGAGCUUCCUGCACAUCACGGUCCACUUCCAGGAGGAAACGAGAGGAAAAUGCAGAAGAGGCAGUUGUGUCUCCAGUGGUGUUUCCUAAGUUGCUGCUUGAUGGACAGUUCUCUCAUGCCCCUCUCAGCGAGGCGGGCACCGCCAGUGACUUUUCUCCUGAGCUCAGUCUACCUCAGAGUCCUCAGCUCAAGAGCACAGCACGAGAGCAGUCCAGUCCAUCCAAAUUACAGCCCGUGUUCUCCAGCUCAGAGUCCUCCCCGCAGCCUGAGAAGAUCAAUCUUGAAGACCUCACAGGAAAAUUAUCAGAGCCCGGCCACAUUCCAGAACUUCUCCUGGACACUGCUGUCCCUCUCUCCGAGGAGGCCCCCGAUGCCACCCCCAGCCCCCUCACUCGGGACCUCCCAGAAGACCCAAUAAAUUUGCACGACCAGGAGGAGGUUCCCCAGGCUUCAGAUAACGCCACCAGGACAGAAGAGGAGAAAGAGGAUGAGCAAAAAUGGGAAAAAGAACGAAAAGAAAGACAAGAGCGAAGACAGAGGGAGCUGGAAGAAGCCAAGGAGCGAGAGCGACAAGAACUGGAACGACUGGAGCGAGAGAUGCUGCUGCAACAGACGGAGCAACCAGAAAAGGAAGAAGAGGUUGGGAAAGGAGAGGAUGAGGAGCUGAAGGAAAGGUCAAAAGGUGAAAAUCCUCUGGAGAAGUACAUGAAGAUGGUUCUCGAAGGAAGAGCAAAGAAGAAUCAGAAUAAUCCUGACGGACAGGAAGCAGGAAGAAUGAGCCCCGAGGACGAGAGUUUAUCUGAGGAGAAGGAGGAAAGCAUCGCAGCGUAUUCACUCAAAGAGGACGAAGAUGAUUUCUGGUGAGACGAUCGUUGGAAAUCUGCUUGUAA